GGCGGUGGGUAAGACGUGUCUGCUGAUCAGCUACACCACCAAUGCCUUCCCCGGAGAAUACAUCCCCACCGUCUUUGACAACUACUCUGCCAAUGUGAUGGUGGACGGGAAGCCCGUGAACCUGGGCCUCUGGGACACAGCCGGGCAGGAGGACUACGAUAGGCUCAGACCUCUGUCCUACCCUCAGACGGAUGUGUUCUUGAUAUGCUUCUCCCUGGUCAGUCCGGCUUCCUUUGAGAACGUCCGAGCUAAGUGGUACCCUGAGGUGAGGCACCACUGCCCCAACACCCCCAUCAUCCUGGUGGGCACCAAGCUGGAUCUGCGAGAUGAUAAGGACACCAUCGAGAGGCUGAGGGACAAGAAACUGUCCCCCAUCACCUACCCCCAGGGCCUGGCCAUGGCCCGAGAGAUUGGUGCUGUGAAGUACCUGGAGUGCUCUGCGCUGACUCAGCGAGGCCUGAAGACGGUUUUCGACGAGGCCAUCCGAGCCGUGCUCUGCCCCCCGCCCGUGAAGAAGAGGGGGAAGAGGUGCACCAUGUUCUGAGGAGGGGUUUCAACACUACACUACAUCACCAUGAACAACAACCACUACUUCUCUGAGAGGAUGAGGAAACUAGCGAGAGUGAGUGUGCACUGCUGAGAUUGCUUUCUUUAUAUUGAUGUUUUUUCAGAGCGAUAUUGGCAACAAGACCAAUAUUUAAUCCAAUUUUUUUACCAUAACUGAAUGGGCUCAUAGGUUCUCAGUGACUGUCCACAUACUUUGUACUCAUAGAAACACACACGCUGCCAUGAGGGCUGACUACGGUUUCUCUUACUGUCUUCAUACUGCCUCAUCUCUUCUUUUUCAGACAUGCUUGCUUGAAUUAUUGCAGUGUUGAAUAGAUAGAAAGUGUACUAUGAAACGCCUUCAGGUCUGAAGUUACCCUCAGCUCCUGAUCCAAGAUCAGCAUGUGGAGACUAAAUGGCAUGCACACAGAAAUCUGUUGCUAGGACAGUCAAACAAGAUACCUACUGCCUGCAUUCACUCAAUCUCACAAAUAGAGCAUGGUGUCUUCAAUGUAAAUAAUGUGGUAGAAGAAUUGAGAGUGAUGAGUUAAAGGGAAUUCAGUUUUAUUUUUGUAGUUUUGGCCUCAUUCCACCAGUAUAAACGCAAAUAAAUUUGUUUUAAAAACACACAAUGUGAACAGUUAAAAACACAAUUAAGUGCUUUAAGCAACUUAUUAUUAAUCCUGUUUUUCACAAUCUAAUUAAAAAAAAAUAUUUUUUAGAUUUGCGCUAAUAUGUUGAAUUUUGUCAAAUCAGUGUAUUUCACUAAAUGACCACACAGAUACUCUUGGCCAGUUGUUCUAUAGAUGAGCUGUUACACAGGAGAACAUGUUUUGUUUCUUGCCCAUCUCAGCAAUUAUUUAAAUAAUUGCAAUGUAAUGCAUACUGAUAGGAAUGACAUCAUAAACAAUGCUCCUAUAGAAGUCAAAUAUGGAAGUGACCUAGCUUGCAUAAAAAAAACUCUGAACUCAUCACUCUUUUUUUGGUUUUCUCAUUUCUUCAAACCCACCUUCCUAAGCUUACUUUACGUUUGAGUUGAAAGUCUCGUACUUGACCUUGUGUUUAAUACUUUGACAAAAUAAUUCCUCAAGGUUCACUUAAUUGGUGUUUCCGGAGCUUCCUGUCUCACCUUGUUGCCUGAGCAGCCACCUAAUUUGCUCAAAAGACGGCUUUGAGAUGUGACUGGUAUUUCCAAAGUCAAAAAUUAAAACUUCUGAAUCUUAUCAACUAAUAAUCACAAGUUAAGCCAAGGGGAUGAAGGCUCUGGAAAAAGAGUGAACCUUGAGUUGAAAUAAUUUUGUCAAAUGAUCUGACACAAAACAUCCUUAGCCAAACCUUUCUCUGCCGGCAUCGAUCUGCGCUGUCCUUUUAGGAUGAAAAUAAAAUGUGAAUUUCUUUCUCUGGACCAACAUGUGAUCUGAGUCAAGUGUCUUUGGGUAACUUCAUCUAACUGUGAACACGUGACAGACAAGCAUGCCAAACAUGGGGGCUGAACAACCUCGCUGCCUGACUCCUGCCUCCGGGGGCGGAGGAGCUUGCAUGGGUCUUAAAAUAUUCUGUCUUAAUUUAUCCCAUCAUUUAAAUCUCCUCUCUGUUCCUGUGUGUGUGUGUGCGUGUGUGUGUGGGUGAGUGCGUCACAGGCGUGUAAAUGAACACUUGUGUGUGUGUGUGUGAGUGAGCACGCGUCGUGUCAGUGAGACAGCUUUGGUGGGGGUAGUGCAUAAAGACAGUAUUGUUUAAGCCAAGUUUUUUAGUGUCCAGUUUUUGGUACUAUUUCAUAUUGUAUUGUAGUAAUACACAAGACUUUCAACAAUCUGUGGACAUAAAGAAAGAAAAAAUGGAUAUUAACGACAUCUAGCGAUGUACAGAAUAAUCCUUAGAAAAAGGAAUGUGUUAUGAAUAUAUAUCUACAUGUACCUGAAUAUUUAGCUCUUGAAACUAAAACAAUUGAAACUAAAGGGAUUAUAGUCGCUUGUGUUGAAGUUAGAAGUGUUGCUAACAGUGUACAAUAAAGGGGCCAAUCUCUGUAGUGUUGCCUUUAUGAAAUGCAUUUCUGUUCCGGCCUGCGUGUGUCUGUCUCCCCCCCGCGGGGAGACGCAGCACUGCAGCCCAUCUGUCAUGCUGUCUUUGGUUGGCAUAGCAAUCUGUGGUUGACUCAUGUUUUGUGGUCCUGCUAGCUGAAGGUGUUGAAAUGUAGAUGAGAAACGCAGCAAAAAAAGUCUAAAAUCUACUAUUGCAUGGAAAUUCUCUGGUUAUUUGACCCACUGUAAUUCUUAGGAGAGGCUGUAUAAUGAGAUGCAUUGGCCAUGUAUGUAUGUAAUGUAAGAUGACUUGUAUACUUGUUCCAACUGUCUGUCUUAUUUUUUAUUACUUCACAUGUCUGUGUGGUGGAAUAUUUCAAUUUUUUGUAUACGAAAUACAAAUGUAUAUGUAAGGCA